CAUGGGAUACCUCUCACAGUAUGGGAGGAACAAGGAAGAAACCCGUGCAAGGACAGACACGGGAUCUACAGCAAUGUGAUCACGAUCACUUUCCUCUUUGAGGCGACAGACAGUGGCUCCAUUGUUACUGUGAACUUGCCAGACCACACUCAUUUUCGAUUCAGCAACCCAGUAAGACUGAACAUUAACAAAUACGUGAAAGUGGAUGGAGACUUCCGGCACUACCCUGACCUCUCGAAAUGAGUUCAGUCGGGCCAGCCCAUGCCUCUCUUCUGGCUGCAGAUGAGUCUGCCAAUAAACCAGCAUUUGCUUCUUGACCACUACAUGAACCUGGCCUCUUUCUUGUCACACUUCUUCGUUCUAGAAUCCUUUUACUUAAUGUUUUCAUUUGAAUGCCAGUUUAGCUGCACACCAAGCUAUUCCUUGGCUGCUGGGUCUCACACUCUUUUCUCCACUGCGUACUGAGUGCAUUGAGAUCAGCACUAAGAAGACGUACGUGAGGCUUGCAACAGUCCUUGAACUGCCCUGUAGAACAUAAUGGGCCUUACCUCUGCGUAAACCCACAGGCUAGACAGUGUCCAUCUAAUAAUGCUGCUGCUUCCCGUCCCAUUCGGAUAUGGAAGAUGACCCAACUGGAGCGCUUCCUUGUGGAUGAGUCUAUCAUUGUGAAGGGAAAGGUGGCAGCAAAAGCCAAGAGCUUUGCCAUCAGCCUGGGCCAGGAUGCCUCAAACUUGUAUAUUUGCUUUAAGCCUGACUUAGCUAAUGGGAUUAUUAAGUGCCAUUACAAGAAAGAUGGAAAAUGUGGUCCAGAGCGGACAUGUCUUUCAUGCCCUUUCCACGAGGGACAAGAAGUCCAGAUCACUUUCUUCCUUGAGGGGAGAGACAAUAACACCAUUGUGACCGUAGAAUUACCUGACCACACUCAGUUUCGAUUCAGCAGCCCAGUAAGACGGCACGUUAACAAAUAUGUGGCAGUGGAUGGCGACUUCCAGCAGUACCCUGACCGCACGCAAUGAGUUCAGUUGUGCCAGCCUGUGCCUCUCUUCCGGCUGCAGAUGAGUCUGCCAAUAAACCAGCAUUGACCACUG